AUGGACAGCAUUCAAGUGCGAGAAGCGUGCGACCGGCGCGCAUGGGUCCGCGACGGCGACCGCAGCUCGUGCAAGGAGUGCAUCAAGGGCUUCUCGGUCACGCGGCGGCGGCACCACUGCCGCGUCUGCGGCGACAUUGUGUGUCAUAGCUGCAGCGCGACGGUCUACCUCCUCAACACGACAAGCAACGUCGGGCGCGCGUGCCACAGCUGCGCGCGUCCGUCGCUCGACCACAGUCCGCCGCGCCGACGGUUUGCGCUGACGUCGGCGCCGUGGUGUGAGAGCAGCAGCAGCGCAUGGCACGCCGACUGCGUCAUUUGCCUCGACCCGUUCACGGCGCAGAGCGACGCGCAUGUCGUGACGCUGCCGUGUCAGCACGCGUUCCAUCGGCAAUGCGCCGACCCGUGGCUGGCAACGCACGACGAGUGCCCAACAUGCCGCCGCCCCCUUGCGCAGGAUCGCACUGCGUUUUUAGAGUUUAUUUUCUUCUAA